CUGUUGUUAUCCAAGAGAUCGCUCAUCUCUUUCUCAUUGACCCUUUUUGGCGAUAUGGAGGACUGCUUGGCUUCUGCUUUAAGUGAGGGACUUUCAGAAGAAACCACUUUGAAUUCUUUCACUGUUGUCAUCCAUGGAAGUCUAAACAACCAUGGGGCCACUUUGCUUGCAAACGGGUUUCUACUGAACAGAACUUUGCACUCUCUGGCGUUAAAAGUUCUUGGAGAUUUGCCAGAACAUUGGAUAAGAGUAGUUGAUGAGAUUCACAAAUUGACAGCAACUAAGUCUUGGAAAUCUCUUACACUCCAUCCAAACAUGAAAGGUAAAUUUGUAGAUGCUCCAUCUUCCCUCCUUGAUCCGAUCUCAAGAGUUGGCCACUUAGAAAAGACCUUGACCAUAAAUUUGUGGGGUGAGUUGAGUAUCCAUAACGUAGACACCCUUGGCAGUCACUUACCACAAACUUUGCCAUUAUCCAGUCUUACAUUGAAUGUCAAUGGUAAAGUGAGCGAUAGGGUUGCUGAUUGUCUGGUAAACUUUUUUGUCGCUAACAAUGUACUCCUUUCACUGACCAUUAACCUGAGUGGCAAAAUUACAAAUUGUGGACAAGCUGCCCUGCAAAGGUUACACAGAGAAGGUCAAUUGCAGUCUUUCAUUCUAAACGUGGAUGGUUUGGUGACAGAAGACUGGAAAUGUUUAAGUGCUCAGAAUAAAUGUAAAACUUCAUCUGCUCUUCCAAUUGACAUCAGUAACUUCACACCGAAUGAAGUGAAGGAAAUCAUCUUAGGAAGCAAGUCACUUACUGAGUUGAGUUUUGCCUUAGACAGCCACGUUCAUUUAGUCCACAACUACACUGGCACAGAAUUUGAACACAGCUGGGGUUACGGUCUGGAUGAAGGUUUGUCGCAAAAUAAGUCAUUGACUAAAUUCAGUCUUGAAGUAAACGAUCACACUGAGACAUCAGGCAUCUGGGCAGAUGGACUGGGUGCAGGUUUGUCAAGUAACAAGUCAUUAACUACAUUCAGUCUUACAGUCCACAGCUACCCUGACACAUUAGGCAACUGGGGGUACGGUCUGGGUCAAGGUUUGUCGAAUAACAAGUCAUUAACUACAUUCAGUCUUACAGUCCAAAACGACGCUGACACAUUAGGCAACUGGGGGUACAGUCUGGGUCAAGGUUUGUCGAAUAACAAGUCAUUGACUACAUUCAGUCUUGCAGUCCACAACUACAAUCACACAGGAGGCUACUGGGGAGACAUUCUGCAUCAAGGUUUGUCACAUAACAAGUCAUUGACUACAUUCAGUCUUACAGUCCACAACUACGAUCACAUAGGAGGCCGCUGGGGAGGCAGUCUGGGUCAAGGUUUGUCACGUAACAAGUCAUUGACUACAUUCAGUCUUACAGUCCACAACUACGUUGACACAGGAGGCUGCUGGGUAACUGGUUUGGGUCAAGGUUUGUCGGAUAACAAGUCAUUGACUACAUUUAGUCUUACAGUCAACAACUAUGCUGACAUGGAAGCUAGCUGGGAGUUCGCUCUGGGUCACGGUUUGUCGAAUAACAAGUCUUUGACUACAUUCAGUCUUACAGUCCACAACUAUGCUGACGCAGAAGGCAGCUGGGGAUGCAGUCUGGGUCAGGGUUUGUCAAGUAACAAGUCAUUGACUACAUUCAGUCUUACAGUCCACAACUAUACUGACACAGAAGGCAGCUGGGGGUACGGUCUGGGUCAAGGUUUGUUGAAUAACAAGUCAUUGACUACAUUUAGUCUUACAGUCCACAAUUAUGCUGACACAGAAGGCAACUGGGGAUACAGUCUGGGUCAGGGUUUGUCGAAUAACAAGUCGUUGACUACAUUCAGUCUUACAGUCCAUGACUACACUGACUCGAGCAAAAGUUGGGCACACAAUAUGACUAAUGGUUUGGCAAAAAGUUGUUCAUUGACAACACUCAGACUUGUAAUUAAUGACCACACUGGUGUAAAUAGAGAUCUUGACAACCUCUUGUUUAAAUCUUUGGAAGAAAUUGAGUCAUUAACUUCGCUAAAUAUAUCAGUAAGCUUGUAUGGAGAAGACAAUGUUGAACUAAACUAAAGCAUAAGAACAGACUAAAAUUCGAAUUGUACUUUCAUUGGCUGCACAGGAACCGAUUGACACUGGAAAUUUCUGAUUGGAAGUUUGAAAAUAUCAGCCUUCGGUUGAAUUGUGCAUGUCUAAACAUGUUGCUCAAUCGACUAGGUGGUGUUUUACUUCCACUCACUUUGUUUUAAAAGCCAAUCAAAAUCCAACCUGUUAUGGAACUCUAGAGAGCCGCUUGUUUUGUCAAGCUAGUGCAGUAAGAAACAAAAACUUAAGGAAUGAGACUCACAGUUCAGUGCAUGUGCAAGCUAUAGCGUGGCCAUGAAGUGCCUCUCUGAACCACAUACAUUGUAGCAAUCUCAGAUGGUUAUACAAUUAAGACUAAUCCAUGGAAUUAAGUUUUGAGUCGUAUAUAUGGGAGUCGGAACUUGCAAAUGAAUUCUAAUGAGAAAUAUCACCUCCAUCAACAAGACCAACUGUGAUACUUUUUAAAGGAAAAUGUUAUUCAAAAGUUAUCAGUUCACUUUCGAUUGUUUGAUAAACAGUGGAAUAGAAUGGGCCAACCUUAUGGCUUGCAUAUGCGCAGAGCUGUGAGACCAACGUUUGGGGCUGGUUUUCUACAACACAAAUUUAAGCUUUUUAGCAACAUACUCAGAUGCAGGAAGGUGGUGUGAAGACAUAAAGGAUGUAGCCAUAUGAAAGAACAGCUGACAUUUGUCGGCAUAUUUGGUUGAAUGUUAAACUUGAUGCUUUUUGGUUUGAUAUUUGUUUGAAACCUAUAGAAUACUGUAUGAAAAGAAUUGUUUGUUGUGUGACUUGAAGUACACGACAUUUGUAAAUACACAUACAUAAAGCUUUGACUGUACUAAGUGCUUUGAUGUCAAGCAUCAAAGCAUUUGAAAUUUGCCAACUUGUUACCUAAAGAAUUGUAAUUUUGCAGCUUUUUGUUUGAGAAGAUGGGGAAAUUCUCAUUUCCUAUUUUUCUGAAGUUCUUAAUCAAACUCCUUUGAACUUUGAACAUUUACGGUAAGGAUUACUGUAUCCCUUCAGGGGAAGUGAGGAACAUUUAUAGCCAAUAAUUACUAAUAACUAUGUAUAACUAUUAGAGUUGAGAGGAUUACACUAAUCCUCUAACACCUUGUUUUGUAUCAGAACAAAAAAACAUGAACAUUUAUAGCUGGACAGCUAUUACUACGUAAUAAUGAUAAGCUCGGCGUACUCAAAGGUUAUAUCCCGCUAAGAAAGUUGAGUAACAAAAUUGUAUGUAGUACGAGAUGCAUAAUUUCAAUAAAUGAUUUGUAUUUUUGA